GCGUCUUGCUCAGUCGCAGGCAUAUUGACAUGGCGGAUAAGGCCGGCUGGUAUCGCUUCGUGCAAGUCACGAAAUACGUCCGCGACGGACACAAGCUGUACCGCUCCUCAGCGCCGAACUAUGUCCAGUCGGAGGGCGACAAGAGCCAGAAGCUCACGUCCACAUCUGUGCAGUUUCUCACCAGCCAGAAGAUCGACAAUAUCAUCAGCUUCAACCAGUAUAUUUACACCGACAGCGAGAAGCAACUUCUGAAGAACGCAAACAUCGACUAUCUCCAUCUUCCUAUCGUAGACUUCUCUGCGCCGACGCUUGACCAGCUCCACAAAGCUAUCACGUCCUACAAGGCUACGAAUCAUAAGAGCACCCUCGUUCAUUGCGGCUAUGGGCAUGGUAGGACGGGCACUGGUGUGACAGCACUGCAGCUCGACUCCACGAGCGGGCAGAACCCACCUGAGUCGGAAUGGGAAUCAGUUAAUCAUGUGGAGGAAGAUAAGCAGAUAGAGGUAUUGAGGCAGCUCAAGAAGGAGUACCAGAAGAGCGCGGAGCUGUAAGGCAGGAACGUCAGUGCGUUUGACUCUGUCGUAACGAAGCGCAUGGCAUCUGGUGUCUCGCCCACAGAUAAAUUGUCGCUGCGUUCGACUUGAUUUUGUUUUGAUUACACGUAAAUGCAUAAUGCAUCUCGUUCACCCAG